UCGAAGCAUCUACUCUAAAGAGCAUUCAUGAUUGGGUCUAAUGAUCAUGCCCAGCCCGAAUUUGUGUUUUUGUGGGGCGACUGGUUGGUUAUUACGGCGUUUCUAUUUGGUUACAUUGGUCGGUGUCAUUUCUUAGGAGUCAUCGGAGAUUUGUACAUGGCGCACUAUCCCCAUCGUCUACAGAACGAUGAGAAAACAUUUCCAUGGUAGAAAUAUUAGUUUGUUUUCUACUUCGUUAUUUUCAUUCCUCGCUCGGUCCUUCCUUUGGAUACUAUUGGAUAUCAAGCAAACAUUAGACGGACGUUCCCUUCAUAAAAUUUCUAGGAUCUUUACAAAUAAACGAUACUGGAUAGCUGACAGUCCUGUAACGAGCGCAUCAAGACAUCUGGGAGCAUGGAUCCGGCAUGCCAUCAAACCAAUCCGAAAAGACACAGCAGACAGGUGUCUUCAGAAGACGAAUGCAAGAUCAUAUUGGUACACUCGCUAAUCUAAAAUUAUUGGCAAAGGCAGAGUAACUAAAAAGAACGAGUAUGCCAAUAGCAAGUGCUAACUGGCUGCUGCUAACAUAGAAAAACCCCUAAGCAUCAGAAAUUCUCA